UUCGUCUUCACUGUCAGUCUGUCUUGGAAAGUUAUCGACACUUGGCUGUUUCAGAGGCUCUGAGGAUGCCUUGUUGGUACUUUGAGAAAAAAGAACUCAGAAAUACACCCUCCAUACAGGAUGGGCUUGAUCACGCAACAGAGGCUCGCUACAGGAGGGAGGGGGCCAGGUUUAUCAUUGAUGCUGGGACAAAAAUGGGGCUGAGAUAUGAUACAUGUGCCACUGGUGUUGUCUAUUUCCAUCGGUUUUACAUGUUUCACUCAUUCAAGGAGUUUCAUCGCUAUAUCACGGCUGCCUGCUGUCUAUUUCUGGCUGGUAAGGUGGAGGAGACGCCUAAGAAAUGUAAAGACAUCAUCAAAGUCUGUCAGUCUCUGCUGUCCCCACAACUUUUUACUGUGUUUGGGGAGGAUCCAAAAGAGGAAGUAAUGACGAUGGAGAGGAUUUUACUGCAGACCAUCAAGUUUGACCUUCAGGUGGAGCAUCCUUACUCAAUACUGCUCAAGUUUGCUAAAGUACUGAAAGGGGAUAAAGAAAAGAUACAAAAAUUGGUGCAGAUGGCUUGGACAUUUAUCAAUGACAGUCUGUGUACAUGUUUAUGUUUGCUGUGGGAGGCUGAGAUUAUCAGUGUCUCCUUAAUGUACUUGGCAACACGCCUGACAAAGUUUGACAUCCAGGACUGGCAUGGGCGUGUCCCAGGGACACGGACCAAGUGGUGGGAGUUCCUAGUGGAAGAUAUCACUGUGGACCUCAUGGAAGAUAUCUGUCAUGGUGUCCUAGAUCUGUACUCCUCCAACCCUCAGUCACAGCUCCGUGAGGAUUCUCCUCCUACAACACCAGUCAAAAAGAGUGAAGUGAGGGACACCCCACCACCACCUCCUCCAAACAAACGCAGCAGCACUAGCCUUCCAUUGGAGGGUCCACCAGAGAAGGCAGUAAAAAAGGAACGUAAACAAGACUCCCAUCAUUCAUCAUCAUCAGACAGUCGCCCAACAAAACAUUCCUCUUCAUCUAAACACACACCAUCAUCUGACAGUGUGUCAAAGACCCCCACAACCAGUGUACCCCAGCCCCCUCUUUCAGGGGCCCCACCCAACUCAAAGCUCGAGUUUUCUACCUAUAACCCAUACAUGUCCUCUCAUAUGUACUCAUCAUCUUUCAUGUCUCAGGAAGGGAGUAAAUCUAUACAGAAUCUAAUGGGUGGGGGAGGAGGGGCAGCAAAAUCAGCCCCAGUCCCCGAGAGCUAUCCUCCACCACAGAGUUCUGUAGCUCCACCACCUGCCCCAGGGGGUCAGUUUCCACCCCCAGCUAGCCAGUAUCCCCCCACUCAGUACUCCCAGCCUUCAGUAUAUGCCCCACCAGCCUCUGCCCCCUACAAUCAGCCACCCCCAACUGGAACGGGAACCUCGUACACGGUACCCCCACAUGGGGCUUAUCCCCCUCCAGCUCCAGCCACCACAGCACCUGCACAGUCGUACAGCGUCCCAAUUACAAAUCCUCAGAAUUAUCCCCCAGGGUCCUACCCCCCAAACUACCAGCCCCCACCCUAUCAGUAUAACAAUCAGCCCCAGCAACCUCCACCCCAGACCGGAGCUUAUCAGCAAAAUAUGAGUUAUAACCCUCCAGCCCAGCCUCCCGCUCCCCAACAGUAUCCACAACAACCAGUGUUAACUCCCAGAAUUCCAAUGUCAGGGGCACCUGCUCCUCCCAGAAUGCCCAGUCAGCAGAGUCAGCCUCGGAACCCAAAUCCUGGAAACUCUGGUGGAUUGACAGUGAGAAUUUCAGGACGCAGAUGAAUACAUGUACAGAGAAAUUCAGUUUAUGUAAAAUGCAACUUCAAUUUGACAAGAUGGCAACAAUUUUAGUGUUCAUAUGAGCUUAACAAUUGAUUCACUUGAAAAGGAGAGUGUUUGGGGUUAAAUUUAUUUUAAGAAAAUUUCAAUAAAGACGUGGAUGUCUC